AUGAAGAUUGGACUUCUCUUGGCAGGCGUUUCUUGCGCACUUUCUGUGAGCGAUGAGCUCAAAGAACUGGUAAACUUCGAUGAAUGGGCACACGAGGCAUUGGCAGAAGCACCCAUAAGCGGAAAACAAGUCAAAAUGGAAACUGCGCGUGCUGCCACCCGCCUGCGCGGCCUCAGGACAGACUUGCUCUCGCUCCUGGCGAAUUUACCCGAACGAGCUGAUGAUGAUGAGUCAUCUGGAGACAACGAGGAGACGAUCGACAAAGGAGGAAGUGGAGAUUGGAUGGUUGAUACUGAGGAGUUGCUGACAAGCGGCGAGUUUAAUGAUGAUAUCAGCAUGCUCGUCAGACAUGGUCUCAUUGAUGACGUCAUCGCCAAUGAUGAUGUUGUCUUCUCCGAUGAAAUUGAAGAUGAUGGAAGCUUGGAGGUCAAUAUGCUUGAGGAGAAUUCAAAAUCCAAAGUCAAACAGGUCCCCUACGCAAAUCUUGACGAUCUCCCGUCUUUCGAAAAGUACGAGUCUCGACGAAACCCGCGACUCAUUACUGGCGAAAAUCGAGAUAAUGGCAAAUCUCAGUGGCUGACUUUGAGCGUAGUUGGCUCCUUGGCCGCUAUCGUUCUUACAGUCACGCUCACUGUAUUUGCCAGAAGGAUCAAAAAGGGACCAAAUGUGAACUCCGGAACACCAAUUCAGCAGAUGCGACGAUUCAACAUGCAAAAUGGUAACGGUAACGUCAAUUACAAGCCAAAUCCUCAAUGGCAAAAUUUCAACCAGUUCCAAAAUUUCAACACCAAGCACGGUUACGACUCUGGCGUCCACGGAUAUUCCAGCCAAUCGACGAAUUCUUCAGAAAUUGGCUCCGAUCUCUCGUCCGGACGACACUCUGGCUCUCGACAAGUCAACUUCUCCAUCCAGCAAAAUCGACCAACCAGAGGCUAUCCAAACCGAAACCGAGCUCUUCCUCCACCACCAUACUCUAAGAUCGACUACUAG